AUGUCUACUGUUGAAAUUAUCGGUACACGAAAACACUUUGAAGAGAUUCUUAAUGUAAAAGCCAUAGAACUUUUACUUUGGAAAACUAAUCUCGAAAAUAAUAGAAAUAUUUAUCUUGAUGAAAGUUUGGACGAUAGAAUAGAAAAUAAAGCAGAAAAGGUUGGAAAUGUUUUUACUGAUUACACAGGAAAAAAUAUUCGAAUUAUAGUUGGAUUAUCAGUUAACACUGAUGAACAUCAAGACGCUUUUCCUAAAGGUAUAUAUUCAACAAUUCGAAGUACUGAAAUUCAUAGACCUAACCAGUGUUUCAUUACUCUCACAUGUUUGCAAUACAAAAAACCAAAGCCUCUGCUUUAUGUUGUCGUCGUUGAUAAAACUUUUUUACUAAUUUAUCUCUUUCUUUCCGGUGCUGACAUGAAACUAAAAGAAAGAAUUAGAAAUGCAUGGGUAUUCAAUGUCGGCUUCGAAAACGUGCAAUUAGAACCUAGAAUUCUUAAACGACUUCUUCUGGAAAAAAAUCUGGAAUUGAUAAUUGCAGAAUAUGAAGCACCAUUACCAUGGCAAAUGUUUAAGUUAGUAGCCAAAUACGAAGAGAUUGAAAUGAAAGACGCUACGAUUUUUUUAAUUGUCGAUGGAUUACAAAAUAUAAUGAAUUCGAUUAAUGAUUGGAAUGAUCGAUCAUCUGAUUUUUUCCGGACUCUGACUAAUAUACACGACCUUGCUAUGGGUGGUGCUUUCUUGAUUACACUAUGUACUGCAACGGUAACUAAUUCUAUCGAGGUCCUAAAAAUUACGUACCGCAAACGCGUAGAACUACCGAUUGCCUCAUUGAUCCCUCCGACAAUUUGCAAUAAUAACAAUGUGACUCCAGUCUUCGAAAUGACAGAUCAUAUAACCAAAAUUUUAGUGAAUGAUUGUGGAGGGCACGGGAGGGCGCUCGAAGUUUUACAAGAGAUCCUGGAAAAACGUAAUGCGUUCCUAUUUUCUCCAAGUGAUUGUAGAGCUAUAGGUCGGGCGAUGUUAACUCGAGUACUCUUGGAAUCUGAUAAAUUUAUCCCUGGUACGAAUCCAGUGCUUCGAGAUUGGUGUUUUUGUAAUUAUGGUGACCAUAAGUCAAAUUUAAAUCCAAAAAGUCCAACAGGAGCUCAAUUUUGGCAACACUUUGAGCAUUUUGUUGCAUCUUUCCGGACAUUAAAAUCUAGAAUGGUAAAUGAAAAUGAGGUAACAACAAUUGCGAAAAUUCACACUGGAGCAAGAUUGAAUAGUGGUGAUUUUCAAUUUAUAAAUCAUCAUCUUGAAUUAGAAAUUGCAGUUCACCAGGAGGGCACAAAUUCGGCAAAUUAUACUGGAACUAAAAAAGAAAUUAAAUGUGAUAAUGGUAUUGUUUAUGUUCGUAAAGGUAAACAUUGUAUAAUCAACGGAGUCUCAGCACCGUAUGGUGACGCAUUCCUUGGAUUAGAUUUGAAUUCAAACAUCCCAAACCCAAACGAAGUGCAUCAAUAUAAAAAGUUGAAAAAAAUUCUUAACGAGACUGAUUUCCCAAAAAGAACGGAAAAAAUCAGCAUCACCAAAUGA